AUGCGUUUCUAUCCCUUCUGCCUGCUACAGAAAAAUGUCUGGGUUUCUGGUGCCGCAUAUCUCCAACGUCUGAAUCGAGCCCUCUUUCUGACAGGCAACACCCUAGAAAUUGGAAAGCUUACCGGCAUUUCCAAUCCAGGCGAAAAAAUAUUGAUUGGACCAUUCCCGGACACACUUACUUGCGUUGGUCUCAUCGAUACUUCCCUUCGAAGUAAAUGGUUGAUUGCUGGCAAAACAAGCAGUGAUGCUAGGAAGGCUGUGCAAGUGGAUGUGAGCACAAUGGAUACGAUAGUAUUUGGCGACGUCAAAGGCUGGCUACACUUCUUGAGCAUCAGUCGCAAGGCCUUAGUAGAAGCGGAGUUGGUCAACAAAGCCACGAUCCUACAAAUGGCGACACUAAAGGACCAGACAAUUGCGGAUUCAAAUUCGCAGACGCCAAAAAGGUACUUCGCACCCCGGAACAGACAGGUUUAUGAGGAGCGGUUCCAUGCCAAGGCCAUUCCACCAUGCAACUUUAAAAGGUACAAGUUUGCUAAACAAUUUCUGCAGGCAUGA